AUGAAGGACGACAUUGAAACACACCAGGCCACGACUGUGGUGCACCCUGUCGAGACCAUUGACGAGAAAUUCGUCGACUACAAGGAUGUGGACGCAGCCCUGGGCUUCCUCCGCAACAAUGCGGCGUCGGGAGAAGUGGUCCAUAUCGACGAGAAGAAGCUGAUGCGCAAAGUCGACUGGAUGGUCAUGCCAUUGAUGUUUGCGUGCUAUUACUUGCAGUAUACCGACAAGACGCUGCUGUCGUAUGCGUCUGUCAUGGGUGUCAUCGAAGACACACACAUGCCUGCAAACGGCUUCUCGAACCUCGCCAUUGCAUUCUACGUCGCUUUUCUGAUCUGCGAGCCACUCCAGUCGUUCUUCAUCCAGAAGUUUCCCACCGCCAAAUAUCUGGGCUGCAAUGUAAUUCUCUGGGGCAUCGUGCUGACAAUGAACUGCGUCUGUCACAACUUUGCUCCCAUCGUCGUGCUUCGAGUGCUGCUCGGUGUUUUUGAGUCGGCAUGUGCACCCAGCCUCGUCAUUCUCGCGGCCAUGUGGUACAAGAGACACGAACAGGUCUCUCGCAUGGGCAUCUGGUACCAGGGCACAUCGGUGGGCCCAGCAGUGUCCUCCCUGGCGUCAUACGGCUUUUUACACUACGCGACCUCGCAUCCAGACCUGCACUUCAAGUCCUGGCAGAUUCUGUUCCUCUUGUUCGGCAUCAUCACCAUCUUCGUCGGCGUCCUGGUUGUCUUGUUCCUGCCGGACAACCCGAUGAAAAGCCGCCUCUCCGAGGCAGAAAAGAUCUUCAUCAUCGAGCGAGUCCGUGACAACCAGACGGGGAUCGAGAACAAGAAGCUCAAAAGCCAUCAGCUCAAAGAGGUGCUCUUCGACAUCAGGACUUGGCUGUUGAGUCUGGUCGUCAUUACCACCAACGUCCCCAACGGCGCUGUCAGCUCCUUCUCGAGCAUCAUCAUCCAAGGUUUCGGAUUCGACGAGUAUACCACGCUGCUCCUCAACCUUCCAGGCUGUGCCGUCGCCUUUGUGGCAGUGGGGUUCGGCACCUGGUGGGCAGGCCGGUACAACGGCCGAGGCAUCGCCAUCAUCGCCUUGAUCAUCCCAACCUUACUCGGCGGGGCUCUGAUGGCGUGGCUGCCGGCCGACCAGAAGGCCGGGUUGCUAGCAGGGAACUACCUGACAAACACCGUCGGAGCAACUCUUCCGUUGUUGUACAGCUGGAUCACCUCGAACUACGCCGGCCACACCAAAAAGGUCACCAUGAACGCCAUCGUCCUCAUGAGCUUCUGCAUCGGAAACAUCAUCGGGCCCGAGACCUUCCGCGACAAGGACGCCCCGGCGUACAUCCCCGCCAAACUGACCAUUGUCGUCAUCCUCGCCGUCGGGAUCGUCGUCGCCGUGCUUCUCGACUUGCUCUACAAGUGGGAAAACAAGAAGCGUGACAGGGAAGGGCCGCAGGAUCUCCCCCAGGAUUACGAGUUCCUCGACCUGACGGACAAGGAGAACAGAAACUUCAGAUACUUGCUUUGA